AAUACAAUUCAAGGGAAGAAGCAUGAUCGAAGUAUAUUUUGGCCAUGGAACCAAGGUUCAAUCAUACAUACGUAUGUUGUGCUCUUUGAACAUUGUACAUACAUUACUCGUUGCUAGGAUUUAGGAAUAGGAAUACAUACAUAUAUACACGAACUAUUGUUCAAGCCACUUUGUAAAGAAAGGCAAAUUCAAAAAAAAAAUUUUAUAUAUGUAUGUGUACAUUAAGGAACCAGAAUGAAGCUAUUUAGUUACAUACAUUAAUCCCUUAUUUUUGAUAAAACCCAAAAACGACUGAUUUACAUACAUAAGUACAUACAUAUUUAUCAUAAUACCGCAAACCACCCCAUGAAAGUAACCACAGCUGUUUUCAAAACAAUGCUACUCAAACUGUGCGGUUGUUUAUAUGCUCACAUGAGAAUAAGAGAGAAUAUUCAAGAAGAAGCACAUAACAGCUGUGUUUUCAUGUUUUUCUUUAUGCUUUUACUCGAAAUUUCCAAGUAAAUAAAUUAAAUUAAGCGUCCUGUUAAAAUAUAUCUAUAUUUGAAAAUUUUUGAGACUCCGGAAUGGUUUCAACUCGUGGCCCUAGAUCUCGAUAUUUUGAAAAAGGAGAAAAAGUUUUAUGUUAUGAACCAGACGCUUCAAAAGCGAAAGUGUUGUAUGAUUCCAAGAUUUUAGGAACAUACGAGACCAAAGAUAAGAGAGGGCGUAAGCAUAUUCAAUACAAAGUGCAUUUUCAAGGCUGGAGUAGUUCCUGGGAUCGCAAGGUUAGUGCUGAUUAUGUCCUAAAGGAUACCGAAGAAAAUCGCCAGCUGCAAAGAGAUUUGGCUGAAAAGGCUCAGCUGCAGUUAGGCGCAUAUUUAUAUCGAAAGGAACACAAAAAUAAAAAGAGGUCUCGCAAAACGACAGCAAUUAACUCAGAAGACUCAGCUGAUGCUAGUACAUCGCCAAACAAACUUCGACCACGAGGUUUAUCCGAGGAUAAUUUUAGUUCUGGCAGUACGUUCGAGAAAAAUGAACGUUAUUCUAUGAAAGAUGAUGAAACAGACUCCUGUUGCAGUUCAAUCGAGAGUUUUCACGACGAGGAUCGUGUUAUGUUACGUAUUAGUGAACGUUUACGACAGUACUUGGAAUACGAUCAUGAUAUGAUUGUGAAGUAUGGAAAACAACAUGCUUUGCCAUCACGAAAUCCAGCCGUCUCUAUACUAGAGAAAUUUGUUAAGCAGACAGCUUUGAAAAUGGUGUUUGCAAACAACCAGCCGGAAGGUCCGCCUCGACGACGUGCUGCACAGCAACGAACCACAGAGAAAAAGGAAAAGGAUGUCGAAAAAAUCAUAUCAACGGUUGCUCUACUAAAGGAAGUUGCUGAUGGCUUACGGAUUUACUUCGAUUUCACCAUACAUGAGUAUUUGCUAUAUAAAGAGGAAAAGGAAUAUGCUUUGUCCUACUUGUCGGAAGAAAAUCUAAAUUCUUUCACAUAUGUACCGGCACCUGCAUUUUCUCUGGAUUGGUUUAAUAUCAAAAACGAGACAUACGAUAUGACAACAACUGCCGGUAGUAUAUCUGGCAACGUAAAUUCAUCUUCAAACUCAACAUUAGAAAAUACCAUUGAAGCACAACAGAACUCAGCUAAUGCGGCUGACGCCCCGACCAAUCAAACUCCAGCCACAUCCCAAGAAGAACAGCCUCAACGCAGAAAAUUGAGAUCACAUCGUAGUGACGAAUGUGAUUUCACUCUGGAGAAUUGUUUAGCCAGCAUUGCCAGUACCAGCGCAGGAGCUCCUACACCAUUGAAUUGCAAUAUCCCGGCUUCUGGUUUAAAUCAUUUAAAGUCUUUGGCACCCAUUUCUCCGCAAAUACGUGAUUUUCUACAGAAUGUCUUAUCAUGGCGCAUAAUACCUUCAAAUGCACCGCCAGGACCCUCAAUGAUAUUUGGAGCACCACACUUAGCUCGACUUAUAGUUAAAUUGCCGGAAUUUUUGAAUGCAUCCACGAUGAGUGAUGAAAAAUUGAAAAUAAUACUACAACAUUUGGAUACAUUUGUUAACUAUUUGGAAUCUCAUAAAGAUUGGUUUAAUGAAGAAAACUAUGAAAGAAAAUAUGUGAACGUAACACAGGAACGAGAAUCAGAAGAAAAAAGCAAUAUCAAUGUUAAUGAGUCUUCAGCUCCGGCCAACACUGUCGCAAAAGAUCAAGACCAUGUUUUGCCACCCGCAAAAUCGCCAAAUGUUGAAGUUAUGGCCUCGUAGCAAUAAUUUCAUAAGAAUCUUUCUACAAGUUUUAUUGUACAAGUUUUAUUGUAUGGGAAUUUAAUUUGUAAUAAGUUAAAUUAAGUUUUGUAGUAUUAAAUAUAUUCUUAUUAUUUUUUUUUUUUAAUAUUUAUAUUUGAUCUCUUCCAGAACCUGCAAGUAUUUACUUAUUUUUUUUUGAUAUCACAAAGAAAAAAAUCGGUUAUCGUAGUAUUUUUUUCAUUCUUGCAGUUCUGGAACAGAGCAACUUAUAGCGUUCUUCAUUGCUAAUGUAAACGAUAAUAAAUCUGUCUACAAUGGUGAAUAGAAAA